AUGUCUGGACUUGAAAUCGCAGGCCUUAUUCUAGGGGCAAUUCCAGUUGCAAUUGAAACACUCAAGACGGGGAGUCAAGUAAUGGCGAUAUUCCAACGAAGCCGCAGGUACGAGAAUGAAUUGGAGAGGCUGGUCAAUAAGCUUGAGAACGAACGCGUGAGGCUUGAAGACGUGUGUGAAAAAGUUCUCAUCGAUCUUGCGCCUCACUCGAGGAUAGACCACUUGAUCAAAAGCCCUGAUCGCAUGUUCAACGAUGACCCAGAACUUAAAGCCAAACUUCGAAGGCGAUUAUGGAAAGGCAGUGAACUCUUCGAUCAGACGCUGAAAGAUAUCAAUUCUGCCAUGAACGAAGCUAUAAACCGCGUUAAUCUUCAGAUUCAAGAUGAGUCCAACAUCAGAAGAUCACUCAAGCACUCGUUCCUUGACGACUUAUUAUCUCGGAUCAACGAAGGGGUUUCGAUCCUUGAGCAGCUCGUGGAUAGGAGCAUACAACUCGAGCCGGCUAGGAACAGGCGUUUCCAAGGCAUAUUCCUAUUUUGCAUACGCAAUUUGGCAUGCGAGCUCGCCUGUGCACUGCGAGCCAGCUUCCAUUGCACUUGCAGACACCAAAUCUGUUUACAGCUCGAGAGACGGUCCCCAGACAUGGUCCCUGGCGAUACAGAAGAUGAGGCCGCCAAAUACAUCGGGUUUCACCUUGCACUCUCAUAUAUAGGGCCUUCUAUAAAGCCUGACAUUGUCUCUAGUCGGGAUACGAUGUGGUCAGAUGUGUUUGCCAAACCGAGCCCGAUAUCCCGCCCAGAAGCCUUGACUAUUACUAUUCAACCAAAGCCAAAGGAUCACAUGAAGGUUUCUAGGGAAAACAGCAGUCCCAUAUACAGUCGAUACCUUUCCUCGCCCAUGAAUGGCUCGGCCAAGCUCCAAGCCAACUCUUUCGAGCUUAAGUCAGUGGUCAACCAUCCGCAACGAUCUUCUAGAACCGUGGAUCUCUGUAAUAGUAUCACGCGGCCCAUUAAAUCUAGUACCGAGACAUCCUAUGGUAUGAUAUUCGAUGCGUCAACCCCAGAAUCGUACGCAUACCAUGUAUCCUCAGUCAUCCUCAGCAAAUACCGAGCACGAUGUGGUAGGACUAUGACAUCGUUGAACGAAGUUCUUGGUCAGAACCGUCGACACAUGAUUCUCUCGGAACAAGACAGACUCAAAUUAGCCGCGGUCAUAUCUUCCAAUCUUCUUCAACUUCAUGGCAGUCCAUGGAUGCCGAAAGUCAUCCGCAGCCAAGAUAUCUACUUGAUCCAAAGCGAGGAUGACCCCAUUUGCGAUCGCUUUUUUGUCAUGCAAACUCUGCCAAACAAAACCGGUCCCUGUAUUGAAGAAAAUACGGAAUUGAGUUCUAUGAGGAACCAGGCGUUGUUCUAUCUGGGUGUGCUUUUGAUCGAAUUGGCUUUUGGUAAAUCACUUGAGCUGCUUCGAAGUGAACGGGAUAAGUCAAGCACUGGUUCUCAAUUCUUUACAGACUAUAGAACAGCGAAACGAUUGAUCGAUCAAGUUAAGAGCUUCAUAGGGCCAAGUUACGGGAGUGCAGUCUCACGGUGUAUUGAUGGAGAGUUUCACGGACGAGGAGUAGGGCUUGAAGAUCAAGAUCUGUCUCACGAUGUGUACGCUGGAGUCGUGGCGCUGUUGGAGAAGGAGUUGGAAGUCUAA